UCAUAACGUUUAAUUUAAGUAAGACAAUAAUAACAUGAAAUGCAAAAUACCGGAGAUCUCGUGGCACAACCGCGAUCCAGUUUUGAGUGUGGACAUUCAGAUGAACGGGCAGAGGCUGAGGUCGCCGACGAUUUGCCGACUGGCUUCUGGCGGCACAGAUGCACAUGUCCUGAUCUGGUACGUGAAUCGGUGCGAAAAUGGAGAUGGCGUCGACUUGGAGCUGGCUGUGGAUCUGUCCCGACAUCAACGUGCGGUCAACACAGUUCGCUGGUCGCCCAAUGGCGAGCUAUUGGCCUCCGGCGACGACGAGAGCGUAGUGUUCAUCUGGAAACAAAAGGCCGACCAUGAAGUCGUCAACAUUUUGGACGCCGAUGGCAGUAGUGACCAGGAUAAGGAGUCGUGGGUGACGAUGAAAGUCCUGCGGGGGCAUAGAGAGGAUAUCUAUGAUCUGAGCUGGGCCCCAAAUUCGCUAUUCCUCGUGACAGGUUCAGUGGACAACACGGCGAUGGUGUGGGAUGUUUACAAAGGAAAGUCCCUGGCCAUUCUGGAGGAUCACAAGGGCUACGUGCAGGGCGUAGCGUGGGACCCGUGCAAUCAAUUCAUAGCCACUAUGAGCACCGAUAGACAAUUGCGUAUCUUCGAUGCCCACACUAAGCGAGUGCUCCACAGGGUCGCCAAGUGCACCCUCCCUGUGAAGGAGGGACAUGAAAUGCAUGGGAGGAACAUACGGCUGUAUCAUGAUGGCUCAUUGCAGACUUUCUUCCGCCGACUGUGCUUCACCCCAGAUGGCAAGCUGUUGAUCACUCCCGCAGGAAUCACCGACUACGAUGGCGUCUUAAAACCAAUUAACACCACAUACGGCUUCAGUCGUUACGAUUUAGCGCGCCCGGCCUUUGUACUGCCCUUUCCCCAAGAGUACGCGGUUGCUGUGCGCUGCUCUCCGGUACUGUACCGUCUGAGACCGUACAAUGCAGAUAAGAAUCCCCCAGUCAUCUCGCUGCCGUACCGCAUGAUCUAUGCCGUCGCCACCAAGAACUCUGUGUUCCUUUAUGACACCCAGCAGCCGGUUCCGUUCGCGAUCGUCUCGAAUAUUCACUACACUAGGCUCACAGACCUAACGUGGUCGGGCGACGGCACUGUACUGAUCAUUUCAAGCACGGAUGGCUUCUGUUCGCUGUUAAACUUUGAGAUCGAUGAAUUGGGCGAGCGCUAUGAGGAAAUGGAUGCAGUGCUGUGCGCUGCCUUGAAAAGUUCAGAGAAUGCUCCGCCACUAAAGAAAAAGAAACCGAGGGCCAGAAAGGUAUCGGCAGAUGAGAGACCCGCCACACGUAAACCGUUGCAGGAGAAGACCAAGACCAAUCGCAACAGGAAGACCCCUGAGUCUGACCUUCAAGAUGUCAGAGAGAUUGAAAUUGAUGCCGAAAACGAUUCCUCCAUGCAAAGUGCCAGUUCAUCCAUCUCCAGCAGCCCCAAGCAGAAUACGAAAGCAGGGGUCAAGCCAACACAGAUCUCUUUUAGGCGUUCCCCACGCAAAGUCACCGCAACGACAGCUCCCGCGCCGAUUGCAAUACGCCGUUCACCGCGUAAACCUGAAGAUUCGGAUGUACGCGUCUCACAGAUCUCUGUCAAACGCAAGAUUGGCUCAGGGACAACCGGCAAUCAGACACCAACACCCAUUCCCAUACGCCGCUCUCCACGAAAAGUCGAGAACACAGAAGCGACCAAAGUGGGCGCCUUACCCAUAUCUGGGAAACGCAAGAUCAGUCCAUUGCCAGAGCCUCCGACAAAGAAGCAUCAGAAAGCCAUCGCUGGCACAACUGUUCUGGAUAAGAAGAUGGUCAGCUCAGGCGAAACAGCCACACAGACUCCUAUGCAAGUCCCCACACACCAAUCGCCACGCAAGACGGUGGACGCAGAAGCCACCAAAGCCGAGGCCCUAUCGAUUUCUGUGAAACGCAAGAGCAGCCCAUUGCCGGAGCCUCCGACAAAGAAGCUUCAGUCGGAUAUCGCUGGUAUUGCUGUUCUGGACAAGGAGAUUAUCAGCUCUGAGGAGAAGUUCGAGUCGCCAGAGAAGAAAUCCCGUCCAGCUACACCCAUUCAAGUUCGUCGCCAGCCCCGCACUCCCGGAAGCUCCAGUAGCUUCUCCCUCACACCCAAGAGCCAGCCCGCCAAAACAGCAACGCCCAUUGCAGUGAGGCGCACUCCCCGUGUACUUGUCGAAAUGUCUGUCAACUCUCCUGUGGCCCCUAUGGAAGAGGCUAUGGAUGCUUGGCCCCUCGAAGAGGAAGGCACUCCCAUGCCAACGUCGACGAAGGAACCGUUGCCAGAGACAAAUGAGCAAGCGAAGAAUCCAGUGUCCAUCAGUGACAGCACCUGUGAGCGCACUGAGGAUAUACGUCUGGUCUAUGAGGACACCCAGGAGAAGGCGGAGACCCCUAUAAAAGCGACAGUAGCAAAACCUUCAACGCCCAACAGUAAGACCCCGCGGCGGGUUUCCUUGCGAACCAUCUCCACGCCCAAGUCGAAAAAGAAACUGCUGGAAUAGGCAAAGCAAUAGCAUAGUCGUAAAAGAAUUCUAGAAUUACAAAGUUAUACAAAAAUUAAACAAAAUAAAACGAAAGGCAAGGCAUAAAGGAA